AUGAAAUUUACUAAGCAGAAUUUUUUUUUUUUAGUUGGUGGAAUUAUAAUUUAUUUAGUUGAUAUUGGAGUGGACUUCUGGGUAGCUAGUAAAUAUUUCUGUCAAGGACAAUAUUCUUGGAGUAUAUCGAUACUGUGUUUUAGAGGUCUUUCAUCAUUAAUAACUCAGAUAUUCAGUUAUGACUGGUUUAAAAACGACUGGGAAGGUACUGAUACUGGGAAGCUGAAAUGGAUUUUUCUAGUUCAUCUCUUUCAGUGUGGCAUUUUUAUAAGGUACUGGUUUGCUUUGAAGUUUGGUUGCCAAGCUGCAUUUAAACAAAACAGCAGCAGAGAUGCAUCAGAAACAAGUCCUCCCAACUUCAUUCAAAAGCAAGCUGUUGAUGUAGUGACUGAUAUUAACAUGCUCAGGAUAUUCAAGACUUUUCUUGAGACGGCACCACAGCUUUUUGUCCAGAUUUACAUCUUCAUGGAACAUGACAAAAAUAAUUUCUGUCAAUAUGCUGCCAUUAUUAUGUCUUUUUGUGGUAUCUCCAUUUCAACGGUUGAUUAUCAGAUAUCAUUACGAAAAUCUCUGCCUGAUAAAGAUGAAUUUCGUGUGCUUCCCAAGUUAGUGUACCUCUUCUAUAAACUGCUUACUAUCACUUCUUGGAUACUCAGUAUUUCACUGAUCACUCUACUAAGUGUUAGAAGUUCUGUAAUUCUGCUGAUAUUUCUUUGGAUCUGUGGCUUCACUUGGACUUUGAAACAACAUACAACAUUUUGCACGUCUAAGAAGAUGGAAUAUCUGUACAGAACUGUUGUUGGAGUCAUUCUAAUUUUUACCUUUUUUAACAUAAAGGGAAGAAAAACAAAACUUUUCAUUUCUAUUUAUUAUGCUACACACACUGUUGUAACACUAGGUAUUUUGUUUGUAUAUAUGUUUUGGAAACCUUCCCUUAUUGAGGAAAUACAUUUUAUAAUUGUGAGCAUCUUAACUAUUCUUAGUCUGGUGUUAGGUAUUAUUUUUCUUAUUGUUUAUUAUAGGUGUUUUCAUCCCACUGCUUAUUGCAGACCACAGGCAUGUUCAGAUGAAGUUGAUGGAGAGACAGGACAAAAAGAUGGAGUGGAAAUUGGUAGAUUUCAAAAUUUCAUAAUGCAAUGA